AUGCGGCGGCCGGCCGCCCGCAUGCACCCCGGGCCCCGAGCAUCAGAGCAGUCGGAUGGCCGCCCAGCAUCGAAGAGAAGGCCGGUGGCAACACCACCCACUGUCCCUGGCGACGGGGGACGCCAUUUUCGGAUCCUCUCGCCCCCUGCGCGUCCUCUCGGGUAUCGACGGCAUCCUUUAUUGCGAUAUGGGGACCGGGGAGGGACAAUGAACGAAAUACCCAUUCAACACUUUCCUCAACGCGUGGAGAACGGUGACGGGACCAAAUGCAAAAAAAAAAAAAGAAGAGCGCACACUAACCACAUGAUGCGGGCGCACGGCGUCGGCGGAACCGCCUGCACGGGGUGGGGGCAUAGCGGCAGGGAAUGGCGUAGGCGUCGCGAAAGAUCUAAGGGCAAUAAGAUGUGUUGA